AUGGCCCGAGGAAUCCUCAGCUUCUGCCCGCGGGCGGCGCUCCUGCACCCAAGGCGAGCCACGAGCGGACGGAAUUUCGCCAAGGCUUCGCAAGGCCUCAAGCCUGGUGCCCUGGUUCAGAGCAACGUCAUCUUUUCACGGAGCUGCUCCGUUGGCUCCGUUUGCCACAUGGUUUCCCUGGGGCCAAAGCUGGGCUUCUGUCGGGAUUUCAAGCAGGCCAUCAUCGAGCCUUUGACCCGGCUCUACAUGAAGUACAGGACUGCCGUCUACCCGCGCUGCAAGGACUGCCGGAUCAUCGUGCGCUACGGACGUCUCUGGCGCCUCUGCCGAGUGCGUCGUCACAAGCUGCGUCAACCGGGCAUCACCACCUUCAAGAAGCGCAUGAACAAGUACGGCGGGUGGGCGCAGUCCAACGUUGCUCCUGGCCGCUGA